GCGGGCUGCGGGCCGUGCCCGGGGCCUGGGAGCGCCGUGCCCGGGGAGCGGGGCGGUGGUGGGGCCGCGUAGCCCCGUGGCCGGGGAGCGGAGCGGGCCGGGGCCUGGUAGCCCCGUGCCUAGUAGUCCCGUGGCCGCGGAGCGGUGGCGGGGCCUGGUAGCCCCGUGCUCGUGCCCGGGUAGCCUUGUGCCCAGUCAUUACAGUCUGGCUACGGACAGAGCGAAACAAUAUGUUAAUAUCACAGCUGACUUCUAGGUUACUGAAGGCUUCACGAAUUGCAGGCCACCUUUUGCCAAGGUCAGUGUCUUCCUUUCUUUGCUAUCAUUCUACAUCUGCGCGCUAUAGCACACAGCCGUCUAACAAUAGCGGAGCCCAGCCUCAGCAGUGGUAUGCUCUGGACCCUGAACUGGAAGAGGUGCUGAUCCCCAGAAAACUUUCCAUCAGCCCCUUAGAAAGCUGGCUGACAGUUCGAUACCUGCUACCUAAAGCAGAAGUCCUUAAUGCUCAGGAAGAAGCGGGCUAUGAACCUCUGCAGCGAUAUGACUGUCCUCCAUCUUACGAGGGAGCUGAUGUGGAGGAAGGAGAAGGAACAAGUAGCAACAAUGUUCAGUGUAAGAAUGUUUUGAAGAUUCGCAGAAGGAAAAUGAAUCGACACAAGUACAAAAAGCUGCUAAAGCGAAGAAAGUUUGUACGGAGGAGGAUAAAGGAAGGUCGCAAGAAGAAGCGUCAGAUAAAAUUUGAGAAAGAUUUGGAGCGCAUCUGGAAAAGAGCUGGUUUGAAAAGUCCUCCUGCGGGAUGGCAGACACCCAAGAUAUUUCUGAAAAGUUCAAAGCGAUAAAAACACUUGUAAUGAGUUUUAACAUGUAAUUGUAAUUAAAAAAAAUAUUUAAGUAUGUGGAUUACAUUUAACCUUUUUCUGAGCGUGAUGAAAUUAGUAGGAGGAUACUUUCAGUCUUGGUGAGCAGUUUUCCAAGGACAAACCUGACAGCAAUAUGCUUUUUCUCCCCAAAAGAAUGGUGGGAGCUCUUGUAUAGUGACAUGGUGCUGCUGUGUGCAGUCCCGUGCUGCUGCCCCCAGCUGUAUGUUAGGGCAAAGGUAUCAAAGAUUGCAGAUGAAUUUAUGAAGAUUAGACCGAACAAUGUAUUGUAAGAACAGUCAGUUCUGGGAGAUAAGCAAAAGAAUUCUUCUCAUUGUAUAUAAGACACAAGCAUUUUGAAAAGUUCUUUUCAGAAUCUCAUUCUUUCAUAGCCUUGCUGUAAAAAGGCUGGUGUUUGCUCAGAGUUAUUGUGAAGUAAGAAUUGGCACAUAAUUCUGUAGAAUAUAUCUGAAAAAGAUUUGAUUUUCACCUGUCUGAAGCCUUGGUGUGCAUGUGCCUUAGGCAUUGCAUGAGCAUCCUUAAAAAGCAAAUUUAUUUUUUCUGUUCUGUUUUGUGCUAAUAAUUUUUUUUUUUCUACAAUUGACCCUUGUCAUACAGAACAUUCAGAUACUGGUAUCAGUAAAAGUUCAGAGCUGAUUAUUCAUUAACUAUUUGUGACCAAGGCAAUCCUGUUAUCAGCUGGUUUUAUAUGAUGGAAGAGACUCAUGAAAGCUGUGAAGAAUACAAAUGUUUAAAAUAAACCCUGAGAGAGGACUUUA